CUCGACGGUUAAACCAAUAUAAAAGUCGGCGUCUGCGCUCUUCACCACCAGUCGUGUGUGGUCGUUCAGACGAAGCAAACCUUAUUCAAACGCAAAAUGAUCGCCAAAGCCGCAGUUGUCCUGUCCGUAGUCGCGUUGGCAGCGGCUGGCGUUGUCCAGCUGGGCCACUACGGCGGCGAGGAGUACGGCCACGAGGCGGUCGCGUACGCGGCGCCUGUAGCGCACUACGGCGGACACGAGGAACAUCACGUCGACUAUCAUGCCCAUCCCAAAUAUGACUAUUCCUACUCAGUAUCGGACCCCCACACUGGUGACCACAAGACCCAGCACGAGGCUCGCGACGGAGACGUCGUGAAGGGCGAGUACUCCCUGCUGCAGCCGGACGGAUCAUUCCGCAAGGUCACUUACACCGCUGAUGACCACAAUGGUUUCAACGCGGUAGUACACAACACGGCGCCCGCGCACCACGAGUACCACUAAGCGUCGGUGCUCCUAGCCAGUGCUCUCAAGUGAUAUGUGAUAUUAUACCUUUAAUACUUAAUUAGAUAGUCUUUAGUCGACGACCUUUAUUGUUAUAAGACUGCGGCGAAAAUAAACUAUUUGAAAA